GCGCUACUUCAAUCGUUAUGAUGACCCGUGUUAUGAGCGUUUGGAGGCCGCGCUGGCGGCGGCCCUGCCUGCCACGCUUGGCUUAUCUGCCCCCUUUGCUUGUUUGUUACCCACCAAAACGUGUAAAUAUCAGUGGUGUUUACAAAGCGGGGAUCCUGCUCCCUUCCAUCAGUCCCAGUACAGACAUAUAAGCCUGGAGUAGCCAUGUCGGACAGCAUAUCCUUGCCGUCCUACACAGACUAUCCUCUCGACCUGCCUUUCCUCAAUUCUAACCUGCGCCGGUCCCCCGCGAAGCCCGUCAUCGCGUACCCCGAAAGCAGCGGCGCAGCCAUCCUCUCGGCACUGAGGAACCUGCAAGAGAAGAUCCGCCGACUGGAGAAGGAGCGGGCAGAGGCAGAGAAGAGGCUGCAGCACCUGAGCAGGGAGGCGUCACGUUCGCGGGGGGUGCCGGAAAGCAGGGCGGAGAACGGCGGCAGAGUGACGAGCCAGGAUCUGUCCUCACAGCUCGCCGCUGCAGAGUCACGCUGCAACCUCCUGGAGAAGCAGCUGGAGUACAUGAAGAAGCUGGUGAGGAACGCGGAGAGCGAGAGGACAGCCAUGCUAAAGGAGCAGGUAUCAAUAGAGAAGGAAAAGGCGACCGAUCACACUGAAGUUCAGGUCAAGUUUGAGAAGCUGGACCUGCUGGAGCAGGAAUACCUGAAGCUGAUGAAGACCCAGAGUCUGGCUGAGAGGAAGAUUCGUCACCUGGAGCAGAAGCUGAGGGAGGAAGAGCACCAGCGGAAGCUAGUCCAGGACAAAGCCGCGCAGUUACAGACGGGCCUGGAAGCUAACCGGAUCCUGCUGGAGUCUGUGUCUCCUCGGCCAAGCAAAAGUACAAAAAACAGGAAGAAGAAAACCAAGAAGCCCGUGCAGCAUCAGCAUCAUCCCCAUCCACAGCCCCAUUACAGACUGUGUCUUGGGGACGUGCCCUUUGUGGCAGGGACGUCGACGGGUACGAGCCAUUCUGUUCGCGCCAAUGUCCAGCACGUGCUGCACCUCAUGAAGCAGCACAACCGGCAGCUGUGCAACGACCGCGUGCUGAGUGACACGCCAAUGGCCGGGAGGUCGUCCCAGGCCAACGGGAGGAAGUCUGCUACCUGUCACUCAAGAAAUGGCUCCGCCUCUUCCUCCUCCUCUUCCUGUAGCGAAGAGCUCUCGGAGCUGCUUCUGGCCCUUCAAGAUGAGUUCGGCCAGAUGAGCUUUGAGCACCAGGAGAUGGUGAAGCAGAUCCAGGACGCCCGUUCCGACCGACUGCGGCAGGACCUGGAGAGGGAGCUGGAGGGCCUGGUGAAGAGGAUGGAGAGCAAAGGGGAGCAGAUCGGGAAGGUGCGGCGGCACCAGGCGCAGUACAAUGAGUGGAUUCAACCCCUCGCAGGUGGCGAAACUCUGGAAGGAGACGAGGGGCAGGCGGAGGCGGGACAGCGAGGUCAGGGUGACCACCACAGUGACGACACGGGGGCGGGGCACCGGGGCGGCGAAGGUGAAACCUGGGGAGCGCAGCAGGGACAGCCUGCAGCUGCUCAGGGACAUGCGAAGCCUGCAGACGUCACUGCGCAGGGAGCAGAUCAGCUGGGACCACUGAGGAGGGGCGGGGCCGUCUGGGACGCGCAUUAAGGAUGUGACCUUGGCUCUGUUUACAUUCCUGCAGGGUGUGGUUAUUUUUUGCCCACUUGUUACCGCCAGGGGGCAGUAGCGAGAUCAAGGGGGGGGGGUGUAUGUUGUGUGUUUUUUUUUUUUUUUUUUUAAACUGCUGGGAAAUCUGGGGAUUUAGUGAGUUGUAAUGGAGGGUGUAAGCUCUGGGGACAUCCCCCCCCAGGACGGAGAAUUACAAGCUUGUGCUUUUAACACGCCUUAUUGUCAGCAUCAGCUGAAUUUGCAUAUGUAUACUUUUGCAUAAUUGCUGUCAAAAUCGUACCAAUAAAUAUUUAUUUUUUACCAGA